AUGACCCAUGGCGCCCAGGCACCCGGAGAGCAGUCGCAGCUGGCCCCCCUGGUUGCAGGAGUCAUCGCCGGUGCAGCCAAUGUCGCCAGCGGGUAUGCGUUCGACACGGUCAAGGUGCGGCUGCAGACGGGCCGCUACAGCGGGAUGGUCCACUGCUUCAAGCACAUCGUGCAGACGGAGGGGGUGAGCGGCAGCCCCAGGGUCACCCGCUUGCACUCGGCUGCGUCCGCGGGCUGUACCAAGGCCUGA